UUCUCAUUCUCCCACCAACAAUACUAGCUUCCAGCUCAUCCACCAUUUCCACACCCACUUUGUAGAGAUGGAGUCCUUGAGCUGCUGCAUUGCCAAUUCUAGGUCUUUCCUCUUGGGCCUUUUGCUUCUCCUUGCUUCUGCAGUGUCCUUUACAGAAGCCGAAACCCACCAUCAUGAUUUUGUUGUUCAAGCCACCCCGGUGAAGAGGCUGUGCAAAACCCACAACACUAUAACAGUGAACGGGCAAUACCCGGGGCCAACGUUGGAAGUAAACAAUGGAGACACCCUAGAAGUCAAAGUCACCAACAAAGCUCGAUACAAUGUUACCAUUCACUGGCACGGUAUACGGCAGAUGAGAACAGGAUGGGCAGAUGGGCCAGAGUUUGUAACUCAGUGCCCAAUUCGACCAGGAGGAAGUUACACCUACCGGUUUACAGUUCAAGGACAGGAAGGUACUCUAUGGUGGCAUGCUCAUAGCUCAUGGCUCAGAGCCACUGUCUAUGGUGCCCUCAUUAUCCACCCAAAACCAGGAUCCUCCUAUCCAUUCACUAAGCCAAAGCGAGAAACACCCAUUCUUCUUGGAGAAUGGUGGGAUGCAAACCCCAUCGAUGUUGUGAGGCAGGCGACUAGGACAGGAGCAGCUCCAAAUGUGUCUGAUGCAUACACCAUCAAUGGUCAACCUGGUGAUCUUUACAACUGCUCCAGCAAAGACACUGUGAUAGUUCCAAUUGACAGUGGUGAGACCCACCUCCUCCGAGUCAUCAACUCUGGGCUUAACCAAGAGCUCUUCUUCACUGUUGCCAACCACAAGUUUACAGUUGUCGCAGCUGAUGCAUCCUAUACCAAACCCUUCACCACCUCAGUCAUCAUGCUAGGACCUGGUCAAACCACUGACGUCCUAAUCACCGGUGAUCAGCCACCAGCUCGUUAUUACAUGGCCGCACGUGCCUAUCAAAGUGCUCAAGGUGCACCAUUUGACAAUACUACCACCACAGCCAUACUUGAAUACAAGUCUGCUCCUUGUCCUGCUAAGAAGGGUGUCUCCACCACCCCUGUUUUCCCUUCUUUGCCUGCUUUCAAUGACACGGCCACUGUCACAGCCUUCAGUAAGAGCUUCAGAAGUCCUGCUAAAGUCGAAGUCCCCACAGACAUUGAUGAAAGCCUCUUCUUCACUGUUGGCCUAGGCAUCAAUAGGUGCCCACCAAAGUUUAAAUCCAGCCAGUGUCAAGGUCCCAAUGGAACCCGCUUCACCGCCAGCAUGAACAAUGUCUCUUUUGUUCUCCCAUCCAACUUUUCCUUACUGCAAGCUCACCAGCAAGGUAUCCCUGGAGUUUUCACCACUGAUUAUCCCGCAGCUCCACCAGUAAAAUUCGAUUACACUGGUAAUGUGAGCCGGUCACUCUGGCAACCCAUUCCAGGUACUAAGUUGUACAAGUUGAAGUAUGGGUCAAGAGUCCAGGUUGUAUUACAGGGAACAAGUAUCUUCACAGCUGAGAACCACCCCAUCCAUCUUCAUGGAUACGAUUUCUACAUCAUUGCAGAAGGUUUCGGAAACUUCAACCCCAGUACUGAUACAUCCAAGUUUAAUCUUGUUGAUCCACCUCUUAGGAAUACAGUGGCCGUACCUGUGAAUGGUUGGGCAGUCAUCAGAUUUGUUGCCGAUAAUCCAGGAGUUUGGAUAAUGCACUGCCACUUGGAUGUUCAUAUCACCUGGGGUCUGGCCAUGGCUUUCCUGGUGGAGAAUGGAGUUGGGGCUUUGCAAUCGAUAGAGCCUCCUCCAGCGGAUUUGCCUCUGUGCUAAGAUCAUCAACAGAAAAACCACCCACAGUUGAACUUCAUAUGCCUUAUAAAAGGGGCACCUAUUUUUCUACUCUUAGCAUACGGAUUAUUCAGUGUUGUUUUCCCCGCAUUUGGGGCCUUAGUUCUUGCUUUCUAUUUCAUUGUUCUUUUUGAUAGAUAAACCGGGUCCAGAUGGUGCUGUGUUGCAUCACAGAGCGCCAUCAGAUUUAAAAUCAGACCCCAUUUGUUUCCUUGUUUUUUUCUUUUUUCGGUUGUAUUGUUUCAAGAAACAUCAUCAGAGAUAAAUUGAAGUUCUGAAAGUUAUUAUUAUAUCA